CCUGAACCAAGCGGUAAAGAACCUGAAGUUCCCGGUGGUCCUCCACCACCGCCUGAUGCUGGUGGUCCCCCACCACCUGAUUCACCCAAAGCUAAAUAGAAAGAUAAUUUUUUAAACUUUUAUAGAAGACUAGAUUAGAUAAAAAUUUUUUUUAUUUAUGUUGUAUAUCCACAGAUAAAUAUUUUAACCAAUUACAUUCCUUUAUAUCUAUUUAUUAACGAUUACGUUCUUUUUAUGCGUAAUUAAUAAAAAAAUUUUAAUGAAAAUUUCAUUGUGAAUAAUAUAAGUUGUUUUUGUCGAACUGUGGCUUGUGUAUGGCACGAGAUAUUUAAUAACUUUUAAACCAGCCACAAGCAAGGAUAAAUACAAAGCAUUAUUGGUGCAUUUAGAAGGUGUAUUUAUUAGAUAUUUUCUUUCUUAAUUAUGAGCUAUUAAUAAUGACUUCAGAAAAUGAAAAUGUAGUUGUGCAUACCUGGGAAGACGUUAAAGAGAUACAAUUAAGAUAUCGUGCAUACAGAGAAAGAAUAAAAAAAGAAUAUGGUUCAUUAGACAAUUAUAUUUAUCAAAAUGUUUUAAACUGGCCCAAAGAAUCUUCCCCAAACGACCCUUCAUUACAAGAAUAUUUUUCAUCAAAAAUUCCUUCAACUCAUUAUAAUCUUCGAUUAAACGAUUUUCCUUAUACAAUAGAUUCAUCUAUUUCUCAUUAUGUCCUUUGGUCAAGAUUACCUUUCAGAGAUCCAAAUGAUCGUAAUGUAAAAGAUGAUAUUAAUUUAUUUUUAAAAGAAAAUUUUCCUGGAAAUGAAGAAUGGUUGUUUUUUAUUAAUCCUCCUCAAUUACAAAGUAUUAAAAAUAUUUGGCAUGGUCAUAUUUUUGUAAGAGAUAUUCUUAACACCCCUAACAAAACCUAAUUUUGAAAAAUCGAGUAAAGAAAAAGCGAGAAGACAUUUUAAUAUAUUAGAAUUUAUUAAUUUUUACUUAAACUUAAAAUUGUCAAAAAAAGGAAAAAAAUAUUAAUCCAAUGACAGACCUUUAUUGGUAUUUACAUAAUUUUAAUUAAGCUUAAAGUAAAGAUUAGAUAAGAAAUCUAGCAUAUAAGAAAAUAAAUUACAUAACGAA